CGCAAUAAACCCUAAUCGAACGAAUCUUCAAAACUUCAGAUCUGGAAAAGAAAAAAUCCGAUCGGCUAGCUUUUGGGGACGGUAUCGAUGGAAUUUUUUAUACCAGAUGAACGAUUGAUGAGGGAAGACGAAAGAAAAGUGGUGGGAGAAUUGGCGGGUUACAGAGAAGAAAUAUGGAGGUAUAGAGAAGAACUUUUUUUCAAGUCUCGAUUAUGGGAGGAGACUCUUAAAUGGGAUCCGCCGAUGAUGAAGAAGAAGAAUAUUAAGGGAGACGUGGAGGAGGAGGAGGAGCUUUGGACCAAAUCAAUCUAUUUUCAGGUUCAUACCAGAAACAUGUCCGAUCAAGCUUCGUGGUACACCUUCAAAGAUUGGCUUCCAAAAGAAGGCAGAACCUCACCCCCUAAACUUCCUCUUGUAGGAGAGAAGCUAUCUCCGAUCCCAGGGUUGGAGAGCGUUUCUAUGCAAAGAGCCGUCCCUUUUCCAUCGGGGAGCAGCACUAUCGUUACUUUAGGUGGUCCAUUUUUAGAGAACGACAGCUGGGACGUUCAGGAGGAUACCAGUACUUGUGUUAAGUUGUUUGAUCUCGCAGCAGCACACCCAUCUAAUAAGUUAUUUCAGGAAGAACUGCCGAAUAUGUGGGCUGAGAGAGAUUUUCCUGAGGUCGUUGUCGUCGAUGGCAAGAUUUAUGUCUUUGGAGGUCAGAGAGUGCCCGCGGCUGACUGUUUCCUCUAGAUAUAUGACCCCGACAGUAAAACAUGGGAAGCUGUAAGCUUUGUAUUAGUUGGGGAAGAAGACAUGGGACCCAUACCACCUUUGAAUUUUCACGUACGGGGAGGGGCCUUUGUUGAUGAUGAAGGUAAAAGGCAACUUCUGUUUUAUUCUGAUCCCUCCAGAGGUGGCCUUCUGCCACCAUCACUCCUGACCUACAGUUUGGACACCCACACGGUCUACAUUGCUGAGUGCCCUUUCCCUAUGUUCCCCCACGGAGCAGCAGUGGUGGUUGAUGGCAUUCUUUACGCUUAUUUGAUGCACACCGCUGAUAUCUGGGCGUUUGAUUUAGCAACCAAGAGAUGGAUACCUGGACCGGUUGCUGGAUUGAAUAUUGAUCCAUCUAGAACAGUCUACUUGAAGCAUAUCUGUGGCAAGUAUUUGUGUGCCAUCUCCGAAGAUCAGCAGCUUACUGACGAUGAGCUGAAGGAGUUUUUCGAAAAUGGUUUUACAUUGAAAUUGAUAGUCACUGUAUUCAAAGUAGUUCAGAAGAAGAAGAACAACAACGAUGAUGACGGUGGUGGAGGACUGGAGGCCGAAAUAUAUGACUCUAGAGCCUUUUUGUUUCCCAAUGGAACAGUUCUCCGUGAAUGCAUAAUAAUUUAAGCCCAGAAUGGUGGUGGUAAUGGAAGUAUUUCUUGUUUCUUUGGGUUUGCUGCUGUAUCGGGAGCACUGGGCUUUUCUGCAGUUUUGAACCUUAUUUCUGCAGCGGAUGAGUAACUAUGCUCUGUCAAAACUUGCUUUAGUGCAACAUUCAACCCACCACUCCAUAGGUAGUGCAUAUCUCAGGUUCGUGAAAUUGAUUUGAAAAUUAUCAAUGAUUGUCUGGCAGAUCUAGGAGGAUGGUUUCGUAACCAAUCCAUGAUUGAAGGCAAUGGCUUUCUAGUUGGGAUAUGGCAGUGAUUAUUCGGUGUGUCCCAAGUUCAAGGGUGAGAGCUGUACAAGAUAAUUGGGUUCCCAUGUUGAUGAAUUUGAAACCUAAUAGCAUUACGAUGGGUGUAGAAAACACUAUGUUAGUAAGUGAGCUUAUCAAUAGCCAUUCUAGAAGUUGGAAAUUAUGUGUUAUGAGAAAUUUGAUCACAGAACAAGAGGUGAAAGGA